AUGGUCCAGCUGGGGAAGCUGCUCCGCGUCCUGACUUUGAUGAAGUUCCCCUGCUGCGUGCUGGAGGUGCUCCUGUGCGCGCUGGCGGCGGCGGCGCGCGGCCAGGAGAUGUACGCCCCGCACUCUAUCCGGAUCGAGGGGGACGUCACCCUCGGGGGGCUGUUCCCGGUGCAUGCCAAGGGUCCUAGCGGAGUGCCCUGCGGCGACAUCAAGAGGGAGAACGGGAUCCACAGGCUGGAAGCGAUGCUCUACGCCCUGGACCAGAUCAACAGCGAUCCCAACCUGCUGCCCAACGUGACGCUGGGAGCGCGGAUCCUGGACACUUGUUCCAGGGACACUUACGCGCUCGAACAGUCGCUCACUUUCGUCCAGGCGCUCAUCCAGAAGGACACCUCCGACGUGCGCUGCACCAACGGCGAGCCUCCGGUUUUCGUCAAGCCGGAGAAAGUAGUUGGAGUGAUUGGGGCUUCAGGGAGUUCGGUCUCCAUCAUGGUAGCCAACAUCCUGAGGCUCUUCCAGAUCCCCCAGAUCAGUUACGCAUCAACGGCACCUGAGUUAAGUGAUGACAGGCGCUACGACUUCUUCUCUCGUGUGGUCCCACCUGACUCCUUCCAAGCUCAGGCUAUGGUGGACAUUGUAAAGGCCCUAGGAUGGAAUUAUGUGUCUACCCUUGCAUCUGAAGGAAGUUACGGAGAGAAAGGUGUGGAAUCCUUCACGCAGAUUUCCAAAGAGGCAGGUGGGCUCUGCAUUGCACAGUCUGUGAGAAUCCCCCAAGAGCGCAAAGACAGAACCAUUGACUUUGAUAGAAUUAUCAAACAGCUCCUGGACACCCCCAACUCCAGGGCCGUCGUGAUUUUUGCCAACGAUGAGGAUAUAAAGCAGAUCCUUGCAGCAGCCAAAAGAGCUGACCAAGUAGGCCAUUUUCUUUGGGUGGGAUCAGACAGCUGGGGUUCCAAAAUAAACCCACUGCACCAGCAUGAAGAUAUUGCAGAAGGAGCCAUCACCAUUCAGCCCAAGCGAGCAACAGUCGAAGGGUUUGAUGCCUAUUUUACGUCACGCACACUUGAAAACAACAGAAGAAACGUAUGGUUUGCUGAAUACUGGGAGGAAAACUUCAACUGCAAGUUGACAAUUAGUGGGUCAAAGAAAGAAGACACAGAUCGCAAAUGCACAGGACAGGAGAGAAUUGGGAAAGAUUCCAACUAUGAACAGGAGGGUAAAGUUCAGUUUGUGAUUGAUGCGGUCUAUGCAAUGGCUCAUGCCCUUCAUCAUAUGAACAAGGAUCUCUGUGCCGACUACCGAGGGGUCUGUCCGGAAAUGGAGCAAGCUGGGGGAAAGAAGUUGUUGAAGUAUAUCCGCAAUGUUAAUUUCAAUGGUAGUGCAGGCACCCCAGUAAUGUUUAACAAGAAUGGGGAUGCACCAGGGCGUUAUGACAUCUUUCAGUACCAGACAACAAACACCACCAACCCUGGUUACCGUCUGAUUGGACAGUGGACAGAUGAACUUCAGCUCAAUAUAGAGGACAUGCAGUGGGGUAAAGGAGUCCGGGAGAUCCCCCCCUCAGUGUGCACACUGCCAUGCAAGCCUGGGCAAAGAAAGAAGACUCAGAAGGGAACUCCGUGCUGCUGGACCUGUGAGCCUUGUGAUGGCUACCAGUACCAGUUUGAUGAGAUGACAUGCCAACAUUGCCCCUACGACCAGAGGCCCAAUGAAAACCGAACCGGCUGCCAGGAUAUCCCCAUCAUCAAAUUAGAGUGGCAUUCCCCCUGGGCCGUCAUCCCUGUCUUCCUAGCAAUGUUGGGGAUCAUUGCCACCAUCUUUGUCAUGGCCACUUUCAUCCGCUACAAUGACACGCCCAUUGUCCGGGCAUCUGGGCGGGAACUGAGCUACGUUCUGUUGACUGGCAUCUUUCUUUGCUACAUUAUCACUUUCCUGAUGAUAGCCAAACCUGAUGUGGCCGUGUGUUCUUUCCGGAGAGUUUUCUUGGGCUUGGGUAUGUGCAUCAGUUAUGCAGCCCUCUUGACAAAAACCAAUCGGAUUUAUCGCAUAUUUGAGCAGGGCAAGAAAUCAGUGACAGCUCCCAGACUCAUAAGCCCAACAUCACAGCUGGCAAUCACUUCCAGUUUAAUAUCAGUUCAACUUCUAGGAGUUUUCAUUUGGUUUGGUGUUGACCCACCCAACAUCAUCAUAGACUAUGAUGAACAUAAGACAAUGAACCCUGAGCAGGCCAGGGGAGUUCUCAAAUGUGACAUUACAGAUCUCCAAAUCAUUUGCUCCUUGGGAUAUAGCAUUCUUCUCAUGGUCACAUGUACUGUGUAUGCCAUCAAGACUCGGGGUGUCCCAGAGAAUUUUAAUGAAGCCAAACCCAUUGGAUUCACUAUGUAUACGACAUGUAUAGUGUGGCUUGCCUUCAUUCCCAUUUUUUUUGGCACUGCUCAGUCAGCGGAAAAGCUCUACAUACAAACUACCACGCUUACAAUCUCCAUGAACCUAAGUGCAUCAGUGGCGCUGGGGAUGCUAUACAUGCCGAAAGUGUACAUCAUCAUUUUCCACCCUGAACUCAAUGUCCAGAAACGGAAGCGAAGCUUCAAGGCGGUAGUCACAGCAGCCACCAUGUCUUCACGGCUGUCACACAAACCCAGUGACAGACCCAACGGGGAGGCAAAAACAGAACUCUGUGAAAACGUAGACCCAAACAAGUAACCUCUGAGGACCCCAGCUUGCACUAAGAGGACUGAGCAAAUGUGUCCAAAGCCUGUUCUUGCUGAAGUGACCCAAACACUUAGAAGAACAUGACAAGAAUCAGCAAUCCCACUUCACGUGAAAAGUGCAAGCACACCUGGCGAUGUGCACAGGCAUACAGUCAGGCGGUGGUCCAAGG